UACAAUGAGUUCUCGACAUCGGUAUGUUGUAUGUGUUCUAAUCAUCGACAGUGUUACGUCAAAGUUUUGUGACAAAUAGAGUGCAAUCGGGCGAUACAAGUAAUAGUCCUAAAUACAUUCACCMCAGGUGGAAUACGCUUGAACCAUGGCGUCGGAUCCUCCCAAAGUUGGUAUGAAACGACAAAGGUGUGGAUAUAGCGGUUGUGAUCAUCAGCGGAACAUCGAUGGUGAUKAUGAUAACACAUUAAUGACGCUCGUGCGAAGCAAAGGUUCCCGAAUCUACUACUGUCCGCGCUCCAGUGACCAUGCAUCGUUUUUCUUUAURUGGAUUCUGAGWGUUUUGCAGAGGGCGCCUUCUAUUUAUUCCGGGUACUCUCGCCACGAAGGGGUGCGAAGACGAAAGCAAUCAUUUUCCUUUCAUAAAUUUCUGGGUUCAUCAUUAUUAUUGCUUUUCUUGUCUCGGUGUGUUCUGGGGGAAACACACCUCCGUCAUCAUUUGAUCGAGACGGCAAGGGGUAGUGGGAAUCGGUCUUGGGAGGGGAAGGGAUACCAGGGAAAGCAUGAACUUUUGCAGUAUGGUCGGGGCAAGGAUUUAUCAUCCGUAGAAAACAGAAUGCAGCAGCAUGGGCUUGACGUUAUCGAGAGGAAACAAAGGAUUCUUCAGUCRGGGCAGAGACUUGAAAAUAUUAUUCGACAACAAAAUAGUAAAGUGGAGACUUUGUCACCGGAACUUCGAAAUGACUUCGAUGCAGAAGAAUCAUUCAGUGGAAGCCAAGCCCCCAAUGAAAUAGAUGUGGCAUCGCCUCUAACCGUGACGACACCCCCAGUCGACGAGCCGGAUAUUGAGCCAUUUGACUAUGGGGAAUUCUUUAAGAAGGGAAACCCCCUCAUUCGAAACAAGCUUCCAAUCGACUUCGACAUGCAACUAUUGGUAGAGAAUACUAUUACGAAUGAAUUGUUGAGGGUGCUGGAGGUUUUCUUGGAAAAUUACAUACAAAAUGAAUAUAAAAAGUUGAUCGACGGCAACCGCAAUGGUGAUGAUGAURGAGMGACUGGCAGCAUCACUAAUUCAAAUCUUGAAACAUUGAAGCUGGGAGAAGUAGACUUGACCUUGCAAUUGUUAGAAUCUAGAUGGUGGCAAGACAGAAAGCGGCGUCAACUAGAUAGCAACUCAGYUACUUUGUCGAGAGGUUCAUUKCGAUCGAAACAACGAGAUAUGCAAGAAGAAAUACAGUCWUCUGACACAAAAAUCAUUACAAUUAGUGUGARUGGAUCUGUAAAUUACAGCAUGGAAGUAGAUGGAUCGAUACCUACCCCGGAUGAAGUUGAAAAAGAAUGGAUUGAAGCCUAUCAUGAUAUAAUUGCUCAAAAUCAGUUACAASGUGCAUUUGAUAAUGCCCAGAUUGCUGGAGUCCUGCGAGUUGAAGAUGUUAGCGCAGAACAAGAUUUGAGUGCAAAGAACGACGGUGACACUAGGAAUUUCAACGAGGACUAUGAUGACAAUGAAAGUACUACAAAUGACCCUGCCAACCUAUACCAAAAUAACACGGAAAAUAACAACGCGGAUCAGUCUGUCGAAGUCACGAAGAAUGACAGCAAGCAAAGCUCUCGUAAGGACGAGCUGGAACGYCCAUCAACCCUUUCCAUCGUAUUCGGUUUCAUUCUGACGGGAAUCGCGGUCCUUGGAUUAUUUGGAUAUGCAUAUAUAUUUUACCGAAAAAGACAGAAACGACUCAAGAAAAAGAAGAAGAUGAAAGAGAGUAUUACUUUUUCCUCUGCGAAUCUUGCCGCGGCGGCAGCAGCCUCUGCUGCUGCUCCGACAGCUGGUCGCAAGAAUAGCAAAUACGCGUCGAAGGCCAGACCGCAGUCAGCCUCCCGCCCUGUGCCAACACCACAUCCAUCGCAAAUGCCAUUUCAUUCCAUGAUGCUGUCCCAAUCUGAAUCAGAAGAAACUUCUUACAGAGGACUCGAGUCAAGUGUAGGAUCGGAAGACAUCACUGAUUCGUUUGCAAACGAGUUAAAGUUGGCAGCAUCACGUGACAAACAAGCAUGGGAUGAAUUUCAGCGCAGAAAGGAAAGCCACGAAAAAAUUGAAAUUAAUAGGUAUCAUUCUACGAAUCGAAAGGCUGAUCAAAAUAGGCAUUCUUCGAUUAGCGCAUCUGUUCCAUCUUUGUUGACGAAAAAUACGAAAAGAAMSGUAGAAGAUAGAGAACAUCCCGUGGGAUUCGAAACUCCAUUGGGAAGAGAUCCAUCUUUUACGAAGUCAUUUCCGUAUGGUGACGAAGCACAUGGAUUCAGUGCCGCUGGUGAUGRCGAAUUCAGCGAACUCCCUUCCUCGGUCCCAUGGGAACCUUACAAUUCAUCUCUGUCGCUUGGAGAAGAGAAAAAGGAUGAAACAAGUGCCAACGCAUUUUUUGUUAAAAAAUUGAAGGAUAUUGAAAAAGAUCUGGCCGUUUCAGGAGGACAAGCAACAGUCAUCCCCAAGAAUAGAUCCUCGGAAACAAAGAACGCUGAUGACAAUUCAGAUAUAUUGUCRGAAGUGUCAGAACUUUCAAAGUAUGUCCGCCGRUACGAACGAAGAAAGGAUCGCAAAAAUAAAAGAGAAGAGUUUCUCCACGAACGACUGAGUGCUGCUGAAAGGGCGCCGCGACAAAAUUCAAUGGCUGCGAACUCGAUGUCUAUUGGAAUGGAUGGACGUGUCUACAACCCUMAAARWAGCGACAAGAAUUCAAUACCAAACCGUUCUCCAACAAGAGGACCGCAACUAGCUCCAGCUCCACUUUCGAGUUAUGCUGAAAGCUUCAUAGGUUCUCAGAAGAACGAGCUGUCUGAAUCCUUGUCGAUCGUAAGUGAGGACGAAGAUGAUCCAGAAGGUGGAAGCCCUACAAAUUCACGUCUCGGAAUUUCUCCGUACCGAAUUUCAUACGAUGAAGURUACUACAGAAAAGGCUCUGUGCAGAAUGAAGCCAACUCGUUGUCAGAGAGGACAGCAACAACACCGUCCCGUUCGAGAGCUGAACAAGACUACCGAUACUCGGUUGGUUAUGGUCAUGACAAGAGCAAGUCGCCUUCUUCUUCUUCUUCUCGUCUAGCUAACUUGAGAGCAAACGAUGCCAUUAUUGACAAUUCGAGCUCCAUAGUCAAUCUCAAUAUGGAUGCGGCUGUGCCCACGGGUACAAGCAGCGACAGUAACAAGAAUGAUUGGGCGGGUGCAAACAAAGGUGGUGGCGUAGCUCGUCUAAAUCUUCAACGUUCGAACAAAGAUAAGAAUACCGCAGCUGUUGUAGCGGCGGCAACCCCGCARCAGAAAACUAAAAAAGCGGGGAAUCCGAARGCUAAAAGAUUUGACAAACUUCGGGGAAUGUUUGAACAAAAAACGACUGAACAACCAAAUCCAAUCUUCCCGUCAGGUGAAAAUUGGCAGUAURSAGGUGGAAACAGAUCGAAGAAAAACUUUUAAAAUGAAUGUAAAAUGUAUUAUGAUGUUUUUGGAAUAGGUACGUUCGUAGUGUAAAUUUGAAACAUUGUAAAUAUACAGUGUCAGUAUAA